ACACCUCCAAAUGUUGACUGAAUUGAAUUUGAUAUCAUUAAAUGCAUGUUCUAACAUCAUUCCUUUGCAUUAUCAAUUCUGAGAAACCUUCUUGGCUUAAUUAUGGGUAAAAGUUUCAUUCCUCUCUUUUUUCUUGCAAUUUUCAUUCUACCACAUGACAAUACAUUACUUGCUAAUAUUAGCACUGACGAAGUUGCUCUUCUUGCACUUAAAUCACACAUUUCUUCUGAUAUUAACAAUAUCAUAGCAAGCAACUGGUCUUCUUCCACCCCAGUUUGCAGCUGGAUUGGAAUCACUUGCAGCUCCCGUCACCAUCGAGUCACUGCUUUAGACAUUUCGAGCAUGCAACUUUAUGGUACCAUUCCUCCACACCUUGGAAACCUCUCAUUUAUUUCAUCGCUUGACAUCAGUAACAACACUUUCCAUGGAGAUUUGCCAGUAGAGUUGGCUCAUUUGCAGAGGUUGAAAUUCAUUAAUGCCAAAAACAAUAACUUUACCGGAGCCAUUCCAUCAUUUUUAAGUUUGUUACCAAACCUAGGCUCUUUGUACCUAUCGAAUAACCAAUUUUCGGGGAAAAUUCCAACUUCCCUUUCCAAUCUAACAAAACUGGAAGUGUUGCAAUUACAGAGCAAUUUUCUUGAAGGAGAGAUCCCUCGAGAAAUUGGUGAUCUUCGUUACUUGACUGUCCUAGACCUGCAACUUAGUCAGCUUACUGGCUCUAUACCACCAUCAAUCUUUAACAUUACUACAAUGCAAGUGAUUGCUCUUAGCGGCAACAAUCUUACUGGAAAGCUUCCAAAAACUAUAUGUGAUCAUCUUCCAGACUUGGAAGGACUUUACCUCGGUAGAAACUCCCUAGAAGGAGUUAUUCCACCAAACCUGGAGGAAUGCAGAAAGCUUCAACAAUUGGUAUUGUCAUUCAAUGAGUUUGCUGGAACUGUACCAAGAGAGCUUGCCAACUUAACAGAUCUUACAAAAUUAGCCAUGACAGCUCUGCAUUUGGAAGGUAGUAUAAAAUUUUCUUCCUUCUCUUUUCCCCCAAGCUUGUACUCAUAUAUUUCCCGAAAAUUGACAGGAGAGAUACCAAUGGAGCUAGGUAAUCUUAAGAAACUUCAAGCAUUGGGAUUAUCACAGAAUGAGCUUACAGGCUCUAUCCCUGACAUCAUUUUCAACAUGUCAGCACUGCAGAUUAUAGAUUUUGGACUAAACAAGCUUUCAGGUACUCUACCUUCAGAUUUAGGUCGUGGAAUUCCCAAUAUAGAAGAACUCUUUUGUGGAGGAAAUAAUCUGAGUGGUUUUAUCUCUGCUUCAAUCUCAAAUUCUUCAAGACUCACAAUGUUAGACCUCUCCAACAACAGUUUCACAGGUCUCAUUCCUAAAUCACUUGGUAACUUAGAAUACCUUGAGGUUCUGAACUUGUGGGGGAAUAAUUUUGUCAGCGAUUCAACAUUGAGCUUCCUUGCAUCAUUGACAAACUGUAGGAAUCUAAAAUUACUCACGUUAUCUGGUAAUCCGUUGGAUGGUGUUUUGCCUGCAUCUGUUGGUAAUUUCUCCAACGCCUUGCAAACUUUUGAAGUACAAGGUUGUAAAUUGAAGGGCGUCAUUCCACAAGAAAUUGGUAAUCUUACUGAAGUGACAAGGAUGAUUCUGGUUAACAAUGAGUUAACUGGACAUAUUCCAAAUACUGUGCAUGGCAUGUCGAUCCUUCAAGAACUUUACCUAUAUGACAACAAGAUAGAAGGAACCAUACCAGAUGUUAUUUGCAACUUAAAGAAUCUAGGUGCAUUAGUAUUGUCAGAAAAUCAUUUUUCUGGUUCAGUGCCCUCAUGCUUAGGUAACAUGACCAGUCUGAGGAAACUUUAUCUAGAUAACAACAAACUGGAUUCUAGAUUACCUUCAAGCUUAGGGAACCUUCAAGAUCUCAUAGAAUUCGAUGUUUCAUACAAUUUAUUGAGUGGGGAAAUUCCUCUGGAGAGUGGAAACUUGAAGGCUGCAACACGCAUUGAUCUGUCAAAUAAUUCUUUUUCUGGUAAGAUUCCUAGUACUCUAGGGAGUCUAGAUAAAUUGAUUAAUCUUUCUCUAGCACAUAAUAGAUUAGAGGGGCCUAUUCCUGAAUCAUUUGGCAAAAUGUUAUCCUUGGAAUACUUGGAUUUGUCCUAUAACAAUCUUAGUGAUGAAAUUCCAAAGUCAUUAGAAGCUCUUGUGUAUCUCAAACACAUGAAUUUCUCAUUCAAUAAAUUCAGUGGAGAAAUUCCCACUGGUAGUACCUUUGCAAAUGUCACCAGUCAAUCUUUCUUGUCCAAUGAUGCACUUUGUGGCGACUCCCGAUUUAACGUAAAACCAUGCCUAACCAAAUCUACAAAGAAGUCAACCUUGGGGACCCUUCAAGAUCUCAUUCAACUCGAUGUUUCAUCCAAUUUAUUGAGUGGGGAAAUUCCACUGGAGAGCGGAAACUUAAAGGCCGCAACAUUCAUUGGUCUGUCGAAUAAUUAUUUUUCUGGUAAGAUUCCUAGUACUCUAGGGAGUCUAGAUAGAUUGAUUAAUCUUUCUCUAGCACAUAAUAGAUUAGAGGGGCCUAUUCCAGAAUCAUUUGGCAAAAUGUUAUCCUUGGAAAACUUGGAUUUGUCAUAUAACAAUCUUAGUGGUGAAAUUCCAAAGUCAUUAGAAGCUCUUGUGUAUCUCAAAUACCUAAAUAUCUCUUUCAAUGAACUCAGUGGAGAAAUUCCCACAAGUGGUCCCUUUGCAAAUGUCACCAGUCAAUCUUUCUUGUCCAAUGAUGCACUUUGUGGUGACUCCCGAUUUAAUGUAAAACCAUGCCUUACCAAAUCUACAAAGAAGUCAACAAGAAAAAGAGUGCUUACAGGUUUAUAUAUUCUAUUAGGGAUUGGAUCACUCUUCAUGUUGACUGUUGGAAUUGUGGUGUUAAGAUUGAGAAACACAAAUAAGAAUGCAAGUCAAAAAGAUGUGUCUCUCAUAAAAGGGCAUGAAAGAAUUUCAUAUUAUGAACUUGAACAGGCAACUGAAGGAUUCAACGAAACCAACUUGCUUGGUAAUGGGAGUUUCAGCAUGGUUUAUAAAGGGAUACUUAAGGAUGGUAUCAUUUUUGCAGCAAAGGUAUUCAAUGUGCAAUUGGAUGGUGCAUUCAAAAGUUUUGACACAGAAUGUGAGAUACUAAGGAACCUUCGCCACAGAAAUCUGACCACAAUGGCUAUUCAACGCCUGUGGUGCAUUGUGACUUGCAGCCAAGCAAUGUCUUGCUAGAUCAAGAAAUGGUUGCUCAUGUAAGUGAUUUUGGCAUUGCAAAAAUGUUAGGUGCAGGGGAGGCUUUUGUUCAGACAAGGACAAUUCCAACCAUUGGAUAUAUUGCUCCAGAGUAUGGACAAGAUGGAAUAGUAUCCACGAGUUGUGAUGUUUAUAGUUUUGGCAUCCUAAUGAUGGAGACGUUCACA